AUGUGUUUGGUUGAAUUUACAAACAUCAAGUGUACGUCCCCCGAUCUGGAACAUAUCAGCUUUGAGUAUUGCUAUCUGAAAUCGGUAAAUCGUACCUACAAGUAUCUGUCAUUAAAGGGGAUUAUGUACAAAAAGCCAAUUUCAAACGUAAAAGUAACAUUUGCUUUACUUAAGAAAUUCAAUGGAUAUAAGCCGUUUUUGUACAAUAUUACUGUGGACGCCUGUAAGUCUCUACGACAUCCCAAUGCAAAUCAAGUAUUUGCUUUCUUUUAUGGCUUUUACCAUUCUUUUUCCAACUUGAAUCACACCUGUCCCUAUAAUCACGAUGUCAUUGUGGAUAAGUUACCCAUCAGCCACGUAGAUCAUCAGUUUUCCAAACUUCUUGUCUUUCCCUCGGGGGAGUAUCAAUUCUUCACAGAUUGGUUUAUUAAAGGAGUCAAUCGGGCAACUGUAAGCGUUUAUUUCAGACUUUAUUGA